AGUACAUAGGUUUAUAUUUUCACUCGCUCUUUCUCUCUCCUCCAAAUUUGCUCUCUCCAUUCUCCGCUGAUCCCCUCUCGCCACCGCCUCUUUUCCGCCUUCCCUCCCUGCGAUCAAUACAACGUCGCCCUCAGCCUCCCCGUCGCCCUCCGCCGUCUCCAUCAUCUAUCUAUACGUGCAUACAGACUUCCGCAACUAUUUGCAUUCCUUCAAAUCUGUGAGUCUAUCGGACAGAUACUUCGCAGAUCCAGCUGGCUUCGCUUCCUUUCUCGGCCACCUCAAGUUGCUUGGAUGACACUGACACUUUGGUUGAACAAUGAAUUCAAAUAUGUUGGCUGGAGAGCGGAGAUGGGCUUCUUCAAGAAGGGGUGGCAUGACUGUGUUGGGGAAAGUUGCUGUUCCAAAACCAAUAAACUUGCCAAGCCAACGGCUGGAGAAUCAUGGUUUGGAUCGUAAUGUUGAAAUUGUUCCCAAGGGUACUGUUAGCUGGGGAAGCCGUCCUUCUUCAUCUGGUUCAAGUCCAUGGAACUCUUCAUCAUUGUCACCAAAUGCUGAUGGUGGCACUGUUUCACCUAGUCAUCCCAGUGGCCGCCCUUCUUCUGGUGGAAGUGGUACACGUCCAUCAACCUCAGGCAGUGAUAGAACCCAUGAUCAUGUUCCAAAUGCUUGGUCUGCAAACUCCAGACCUUCAUCUGCUUCUGGGACGCUUUCCACAAACCAGACAUCAUCAUCAUCUUUGCGUCCUAGAAGUGCGGAAAACCGACCUAAUAGCUCACAGCUUUCUAGAUUUGCUGAGCCUGUGUCCAAAUCUCAUGCAGCAUGGGAUUCAAGUGUUACUGCAGAAAGAUUGGGGGUGAAGUCCAUGAAGGAGGAUAAUUUCUCUCUAACUUCUGGAGACUUUCCAACUCUUGGUUCUGAGAAAGAUAAUUCCUUAAAAAAAGUUGAACCAAAAGAUAGCCGCCCUAGCUCAGCUUCUGGUAGAAUAGUUCAGGCCAACAAAGAGGACAAUAUACCCCAUGCUGAUCUCAAGCAUGCAACUGUCAAUACAUGGAGGGCAGAAAGUACCCAGCAUGCUGAGGAUGGUAUUCAUCCUAGCAUGGAGAAUUGGCAAGGGGAUCCCCAUCAAUAUUAUCCGAACACUGCCCCUCUGCGUUUUGAGGGCUGGCGUGGUCCUCCUAUGAAUGGGCCAUCUGGUGGUUGGUAUGGGGGACGUCCUCGAGGUCCUGCUUUUGGCGCUCACGUUCCUCCUGGUGGUUUUCCCAUGGAACCAUAUCCUUAUUAUCUACCUCAGAUUCCUCCUCCACCUUUGGCAGGUUCACAGCCUGUUCCACAACCAGGUCCUCGAGGACCCCACCCUAAAAAUGGGGAUUUAUACCGGCCACAAAUGCAUGAGGCCUAUCCUCGACCAGGUAUGCAGUUUAGGGCUAAUUUCUAUCCAGGCCCCCCAGGUCCAAUGCCUUUUGAGGGUUAUUACGGACCACCUAUGGGUUACUGCAACAAUGAACGUGAAAUGCCAUAUAUGGGAAUGCCAACAGGCCCCCCUGUUUAUAAUGGUUAUCCAGCCCCUACUCCCGAUAUAAGCAACUCUCAUGGUCGAACUACUGCACGUGGACCUACUGGAAAAACAAUAUCAGAACAAAUGGAGACUGGUCAUUCAGAGGAAACACGUGCACCAAAAAGGGUUCCUCUAAACAUGCAUAAUGAGUAUGAGCAGGAGGAAGGAGAUCAUUGGGAGCAACAUGUGCCGCCUAAUAUCUUGCAUCCUGGGAAAAUUCGGUUUCCUGCAUCUUCUCGAAAGACUGAGUGGGGUGCGGAAGAGGAUGCAAAAGAAGCUGUAUCUGCCAAGAGGAUGGCUCCAAGCCAGAACCCUUCAAACAGUCACGGAAAUAGAAUUCAUUCAGCAGACAUGAAAGUGAAGGCUGUUGACGGCAUGCCCAAUUCUAAAGGACUUGAUGAUAACAGGACAAAUCAAUCUGAAGCUCCACCUUCUUUUCCUUCUGUAGUGCCUCAGUUACCUGUUUCUAGUGAGAGAGAUGCUGCACCAGCUACAACCAAAAAGGCAGCACUAAUACAUAAAAUUGAUGGCUUAAAUGCAAAAUUUCGUGUAACUGAUGGGUGGAAUGAUUCCACAAAUGCUGAUGACAGGGAAAAAGAAAGGACUGGGGCUCAAAUAGUUGAUAUGAAAGUUAAUAAUUGCACCAGGGAUGUUGGUACUCCUGCUAUGGCUUCUCAUAGGACUCCUGUUUUCAGAAACUAUGUUGCUGCCCCGGAUGCAGUGACAGUUCCUGUUGGUGAUAAUCCAUUGCACCCAAUUGCUGUCAUCCCUAGGAGAUCGUAUCAUGGUGGGCAUGCUAGAGUUGAUCAUCGUGGUAAAGGGAAGUUCAAUAGUCAGGAAGCUGAUGGAUGGCGAAGGAAGCCUCUCAGUAAUGAUUCCUCAAGUGCAGUUAUAGCUUCAAAUAAUGAAUCUACACCAAAUAUUCUGUCUUAUGUCCCUAAUAAUGUUGGAGAGUCUUCUGAGAAUUCUAUGGUGGAUCCAGUAGGGAAGGUCGAGGGAGAUUUGGCUGAAGUAUGUGAUUCCACUGAUAUUCAGGCACAGCGUGCCAAGAUGAAAGAGUUAGCCAAGCAACGGUACCUUCAACUACAGAAGGAAGAGGAAGAACGAGUGAGGGAGCAGAAGGCCAAGGCUCUUGCUAAACUAGAAGAAUUGGACCGCCGAAAACAAGCAGGUGCAAAUCAGAAGGCUGAGAGAACUCCGGUCAUUGGUGAUGUCAGGGUAGAACAACAAGAAGUACAUACGGUUAUAGGCACUGUGAUUGCUGAACUUAAGACUAAUGAAUCUGGCUUUAACUUAGUCUUGAGCCCUGCUGUUGCUGCUGUGGGAACAGAUAGCAACACAAAUCAGGCUGGAGAAUCUGUUGAAGUGUCUAGGGACCUGCGCCUGACGAUACAACAUAAAGGUUUAGUGGAAUCUAAUGUGUCUCCUUUGCCUAGAAUUGAAGAUUUUGCGGAUGGAAAUACUAAAGGAGUAGUGUCGCCACCUGAUGAUGGAGGAAUUUCCAGACACAAGCGAGCAGGCUACAAGCAGAAGCAGAAUAACAUGCCGCAGAAGCAUCCGAAUGAAAAACCUGUCUCUAGCUCUACAUUAGAGGUGCAAAAAGAUCGCAUUUUUGCAGCUGUUGCUGAUAUGCAUGAGCGUCCAUCAAGCGAGUCAAAUGUGGUGAACACAUCGAAGUCUGUGGUUGAGCCAUUGGCCCAACAAAGAAAGAGAAUUAGUAGGAGUAAUAAACCCAAGCCCAAACCAGAAGAAACACUCAUUGUUUCUGUUUUACCAUCAGUGACAUCAAAUGUUACUCCUGAAAAUGAGUCAAUUGAUAAUGUUGGAUCUAAUGAUUCAGUGUCUAAUAUGGGUGCCUCUGUCUCAACAGCGUGUGAGCCUGACACAGCAGUGCACAGUCGGGAGCUAUCCUCUUCUCUACCCAGUGAGGAAUCCCAGAGCAAGGUACCUACUCAGUGGAAACCGAGUCGCAGAAUUCCAAAAAAUCAACAAGGACAUAGAUUUACAGACAAGCAUCAUGGUAGUAGUGAUACCGUUGUUUGGGCUCCUAAGGCUAAGGCUUCGGAUGAAGUGAGUCAAAAUUCUCUUCAGGAAUCUGCUAAUUUGAUGAAGAAUGAAAAUGUGGCACAGAAUAGUUUGAAAGGCAAGAGGGCCGAAAUGGAAAGAUAUGUCCCAAAGCCACAGCUAGCUCAGCAAGGAAGUUCUCCACCUUUUUCAUCCUCAGUUAGCUCAACAAGAUUAAGUGAGGGUGCUGCUGCGGAACAAUCUGGGUCAGCUAUUUCUGCAAACUCACAACCUGUAAUCUCUGCAACUGCAAAUGUCUGGUCUAACUUGGAGAUGAAUGUGGGAGAUAGCAACCAUAGUAAGAAUAAAAAAGAUCAUGGGACUUGGAAACAACGUGGUGUGACAGAUUCAUCUCAGAUGAAGAGUGUGCCUACUGGUCCAACCGAUACAUCUCAAGUGAAAGGUGUUCACACUGGGCCAUCUCCAAUAUCUCAGCCCACAAAGGAGAUUCAGCUGUCCAAGGAGCUUGUGCAUUCUGGGAGGAGCGAAUCUAAUAGAGCCAAUGCUGAAUUCAAAAUAUCUGGUGCUGCAAUGAGCAAACAUCCUUCAGUGAAAGAUCAGGAUGCAACAGGCAGAGGAAAGAGACAUCCACCCAGGGGUCCUAGAAGCGGUGGAAAUAAUCCUGAUUUUGAGAACACUUUACAUGGUGAAGGUGAUGGAAGUUUGUCUUCAGCACCGGAUGUGAACCUGAUGGAUAAAUCUAUUAUUUCAAAAGAGAAUCGCAGCUUUGGGGAGCGGACAUCCUCUCAUUGGCAGCCCAAGUCCAGUCCAAAUUCUGCUAAUAAUCAGCAAGGAAAUAGAAAUGCUGGAAGCGAAUCCAUUACUUUAGAAGCUAAUAGGGGCCCGAGGAAGAGUACUCAACAUAAGAUGCAAUCAGUGCCCCAACAGGAUAAGGAGAGUAGCAACUUUAGCCAACCUCAGCUUCAGCCAGACCAAUCUGAAAAUGUCAAAAGUAAUGUAUCUGAUGAUUCAGUUGCACGUCUCCAUCAAGACUAUGACGGAGAAAAGAAGCCUGCUCCAGUAAAAGGGCGUCCUUGCUCCCCAAAUCAAGAUCCAGUUGGCACUGGUGAGUCAUCUCUUACUAACACAGUUGAUCUGCUUGAGCACAAUGUUACAUCAGGAUCCAGGAGAGCUGGAAGGCAAAACAAUCGGCCUGUAAGAGGCCAUGACACCCGUGCAGAGUUGUCUUCAGGGCAUGAAAACCGGCCACAUAAUGCCCCUGCAUUCUGGGACAGGCAGAGGCAGAAUGUGCACUUGGAGUACCAGCCAGUUGGUCCUUUCAAGGGUCACAAACCUGAAAAAGUUGAGGAGCUAGCAGAUGGAGGAGCUGAUAAUAUGGACCAAAGAUACCGGGAAAGAGGCCAGAGUAACUUCAAACGUGGAGGAAACUACUACAGGAGAUAAAGUGGUGCAUUCCACGUAACCUGUCCAGGAGAUUCUGGAGUGAGAUUUAUAAGAUAAUUCUCCAAUUUGUUGCCUUUGCUUGAUUAGGUAAGAGACCACGUAUCUUCAUCCUGGGUAUGCAUCUACAUUUUGUGUUCUCGCGAUAAUAGAUUGGUAGUUUAUCUGUUAACUGGUGGCACAUGAACUGAGCAGGAUUAGAGGCCAGGUUUAGGGCACACCUUUGAGGGAUGUGAUAUGUUAGAUUGAGGAAGGAAAUGAGACAUGAUAACUCAUUUGAAAAUUGUAAUUGGUGCACGAUACACUUCAUUGUGGCUUAUUUUUAGCAUUUUGUGUAUCUGGUAGUCUAAUGUGUGCCCUGUAUGCAGGCCAAAGAAUGAUUUAGAAAGAUAGAUCGUACCAUAUGUUCCAAAUUUUUGUUGGAACCUUGCUCUCGUUGUGCUUA